AAUUUUCUACGGGCCGCCUGCGAUUAGACGUGCGGACGCGAGAUAGUCGUUUGGAAAAUUGCGACGCGCACUGUUUGUCUCUCGGUUCUCCAGCGGGAUGUUUUAUUGCAGCAUGUAUCGACUUAGCUCGGUUAUCAGGUGAAUACAAUUCAUUAAUAACAGAUAAGAGAUGUCUGAUAAAAGCAGUGUGUUUAAGUGUUUCGUCCUACUUUUUGUGCACUAGUGUCUUACGUACAGCUUUUUGUAAUCGCCUGUAAUAUGGUCCAGUUAUUAAAGGUUAUUAUCUUUACGCAGAUCUAAAUGAUGAGUGAAGACGUUGAAUUACGCAGACGGAGUGAAAACGAACGUACACCAGUGCGAAAUUCUUACAGUUUUGGAAGGGGUGAUUACGUUAUUUCGGAGUUAGAAAGUCGAAGGCAAACCUUUACGGGUCCAAAAUACGCGGAUCGUUACAAAAACGCCUUCAAACAUAGCGUGAAACUGCCCUUAAGUGACACACAACGCCAGAUAAACGAUAAGCUCAAACGUAAGUCCGUAGACAUGCCGGAAAAUCAGAAAUACGCCAUCACAUCGGCGGCGUUUCUCGGCGACAAAGCUAAACCGAACAACGCGGCCAGCAAUGCCACCACCGAUUUGAAUAAGCAGGAAAACGCCCUUAUCGGGUACAAGAAAAUAUCGGAGGGUGUUAGCCAAAACAAAACGAGAACGCCGGGACCAUCUCCAAUUACAUCUCCAGUCACAUCACCUCUAACGUCGCCGAAAACAUCCAGAUGGACCAAAAACGUGUACAACAUCAACCCUGUCGAGACCUCCAACAACAUAUCGCUAAAAUUAAUCAUAGACCAGCCACGCAAAAACUACGACGACGACGACUCCAGAAACCACUUGCAGAACAUCGAAAACAUCAUCAGCAAGAUGGCGGUGGAGGAAAAACAUUCGGAAAACUUGAGAAAAUUCGACGAGAUCGUUCGCAAGGACUCCUUGAAAACCGCCACGCCAGACAUACCAGAUACCAAACAAUCUCAGGACAUUCUGAAAGACAACGACCACAUAUUGCUGCCGAUACAGCACAGCAAAGAAGUGGAGGAUCUCCAAGCCAAAGGGCAAAGCGACGUUGAAAUCAGAGCUCAAGAGGAGGAACCGUUCAGGAGGAACUCCAAAGUGAGACGCACCGUCGAUCUGAAGGAGAAAAGUAAGAAAGCGCCGCCGCCGCAGUUGAGCAGGACAUUGUCGGAUGGACAAGAGAAACAAUUAGUUCGCAAACCGCCCACCACCAAACUUAAUAAUCGCAAGUCCGCUAAGAGUAAUGACAGCACAGUGGAGUCAACAAGAAGUAGCUCAACAAGGAAUAGGCCGAGAGUAGGAGAGGAACCAACAAUUGGGAAAUAUAAAUUACUUAAAACCAUUGGUAAAGGCAACUUUGCCAAAGUAAAAUUAGCCAAACAUGUACCCACUGGAAAGGAAGUCGCCAUUAAGAUCAUCGAUAAAACUCAACUUACCCCAGGGUCACUACAAAAAUUAUUUAGAGAAGUACGGAUAAUGAAAAUGCUGGACCAUCCGAACAUAGUAAAGCUGUUCCAAGUGAUCGAGACCGAAAAGACUUUGUACCUGGUGAUGGAGUACGCUAGCGGCGGUGAGGUGUUCGACUAUCUGGUGCUGCACGGUCGCAUGAGGGAAAAGGAGGCCCGAGCCAAGUUCAGGCAGAUCGUGUCGGCGGUCCAGUACUGUCACCAGAAGCGCAUCAUACAUAGGGACCUGAAGGCUGAAAAUCUGCUGCUUGACAGCGAAAUGAACAUCAAGAUCGCCGACUUUGGCUUCUCGAACGAGUUCACGCCUGGCCAUAAGCUGGACACGUUCUGCGGCAGUCCGCCCUAUGCCGCUCCCGAGCUCUUUCAGGGUAAAAAAUACGAUGGACCGGAGGUGGACGUGUGGUCGCUCGGCGUCAUCCUGUACACCCUUGUGUCCGGCAGCCUGCCCUUCGACGGUUCCACAUUGAGGGAGCUCAGAGAACGGGUGUUGCGGGGCAAAUACCGCAUUCCGUUUUACAUGAGCACCGACUGCGAGAAUCUGCUGAAAAAGUUCCUCGUGCUGACCCCGUCGAAAAGGGCCAGUCUCGAAACUAUCAUGAAAGAUAGAUGGAUGAACCAGGGGUAUGUCGGAUACGAUAAUGACGAACUGAAGCCCUACAUAGAGCCAGAGGCCGACAUGAGCGACCCCAAACGUAUUGAAGCUUUGGUCAGCCUAGGAUUUAAUAAAUAUGACGUUCAAAAUUCGCUAGACUCUGCAAAAUACGAUGACGCCUACGCCACAUACCUCUUAUUAGGAAGGAAAAGUACUGAUCCUGAAAGCGACGGUAGCCGUAGCGGUAGUAGUUUGUCGCUCAGGAACAUGUCCGGACAGCAACAGGCGGGAGCCCCUCAACCAACGGCACAGAGUCCGUCCCAUCGGGGCGUGCACAGAUCAAUCUCGGCCACCCACUCGAAACCGAACAGGCGAGCAUCAAGCGGAGGUGAGACGCUACGCACGACGCAACAACAGACGCCGGCAGCUCAAAGUAACAACCACCAGACGUCUGGUUUUAAGCGUCAGAACACGGUGGACAGCGCCACGAUUAAGGAGAACAGCGCCAGGCACAACUCACGGCCCGCCAGUGCACAGCCUAAAACCGCCACUGAAAACAGUAUACAAGCUACGACUAAAGCUCGUCCUGUAUCUAAGAAUCCACCGUUAUCUUUAGGGCCAGCGGUCGGACGCAGGCAGACGAUUAGCUAUGAGGGUGGCAAAUCGGACAGCACUGAAAAGACGAACCUCACCACUGAACCGCCUAGUUCUGAGAGUGGUGGCACUGGAGACUCGCUGAGGCCCGGAAAGGGUCACGUCAAAUCCGCUUCGGUCAGUAGUAGUGGUCCAGAUCCUACCACUGAUCCCUUACGUACUAGCCGCACAAGCGCAUCACCCGCCGCCACACGACAACAGGCCUUCCCCAGGAACACGUCGCAACGUAGCACCUUCCAUUCGGUGCCGAGUCGACCGCGCCAGACGUACGGCGCCGGUUCGCCGGCGGAUUCGCACACGCGUCCUUCAUUUUUUAGCAAGUUUAGUCUUAAGGGCUUCACCAAAAGAGCAUUAGAAACUGGCCCCCAAGCAAAACAUGGCAACUCACCUUUACCUACCGUAGGGGUUGGAGGAGGAGGUGGCGGCGGCGGCGGUGUCGUCGGCGGUACCCAGAACGAGGACCACAUCAAGCCUCGUUCGCUCCGAUUUACGUGGUCGAUGAAGACGACAUCGUCCCGUGACCCGUCCGAAAUAAUGGCGGAAAUCAAGAAAGUGCUCGACUACAACAACUGUGACUAUGAUCAGCGCGAGCGGUUCCUGCUUCUCUGUGUGCACGGCGACCCCAACACCGACUCGCUCGUCCAAUGGGAGAUCGAAGUGUGCAAGCUGCCAAGAUUAUCGCUCAAUGGAGUGCGCUUCAAAAGGAUUUCAGGUACUAGUAUUGGUUUCAAGAAUAUUGCUAGCAAGAUAGCAAACGAACUGAAGCUGUGACUGCUUGUCAAAGAGCCGGAAGUUUCCAGCGAACCAACGUAAAUAGAGAAAGACGAAAGAAUGUAACAGCCAAGUGGUGUAGCGAUUUCACACUCGAAUGCUUUUAGUAUUCAGAUCAUACAAUCAUCAAACAACCAAAAUGCCCAUAAGCAACAAAACAUAUUCAGUGUGUUACACACUCACAAACUUGUGCGUAGCCGAGGCCAACUGACCAUUUUAUGAAAAUACCAAUUUAUUGUGUAAAUGCAUAUAUUUAUUAAUUGUAUUCCUUAAACUAAAAAACAAAAACAAAUUUAGUUCUUAAGCAGUUAUUAUUAAUUAAGCUUGUGAUAUUAUAUGGGAAUUGAUUAUGAAGAGUUGAGAGUACGAAAUCUCUACACAGUACAUAUUCUACAAUUAACCUAAAAAGAUACUACGAGAUCUCCUAUUUCCCUUUGUUCAACAUCGUUAUAAUUUUUUAUUGAAUGUGGAUUACGUUAUGUGGUACUUUACUAGUGUUAAAAUUAUUUUUAACAAUAAAAACAUAGGAAUAAACUGUAUUAUUUUGUUAUUAUAUGGGUUUUAUAUCAAUAUAUAUAUUUAUUGUAUUUAAAUAUUCUAAUCAUCCAUCUUUUCAUUCUAUGCAGAGACAGUCCAAUCACUGACAUUAUUUUUUCCAUCUUGUAUUAUAGCAAGUUUCACUACUACAAAAACUUUUAUAUAUUCGUCGCUUGUCAUUAGCUGAGGUUUACUUAGUGAUUGUGGAUUCUGUGUAGAAUGAGAUCAUCUUUUUUACAUCAACAGGAUGUUUUCUAAGUAUAAAUAGAAAAUAAUUACCAGUCUGUUUUUUGAUAAAAUAAGCAGACGUAAUCUUAAUAAAAUUUUGAUAAAGUAUUAACAGUUAGUUAAAUCCAUUCCUAUAUGGACUAGACAAUGUAACAUGUGACUGAUUUUUCUAAACUCUACUUGGCAAACACCCUGCUUUUUAAUAAAUACGUAUUUCUGUUUGUAAUUACUUGAACCAAAAGAUUUUCAGUCGUGAAAUUAGGCAGGGAGACAACCUGAUGUGAAACUUGUUCCGUGUAAUGUGUCAAUUUCGUAAAAACAAAACAAAAAAAAUGAAUCAUCUAAUGUGUUGAAAAAAUGUUAAAUAUUGGCCCGUCUCAUUUAAAAAUUUGUGACUAUCGUGUGCUCUCAUUUUCACCGUCAUGUUCAAAUUUAUACCGACGACUUGCACUUUUCUAGUCGUUUGUAUAUAAUUUCAGAUUUGAUUCAAAUACUAUCCUGAAGUCACGAUCAAGGACUUAAUAUGAGUGCUUAUUGCACUUAUUAUUAUUAUUUUCAAAUAUCUGUAAAUAAUGUAUGAAAGUGUGUAUGUAUGAACGAAUGCUAUGAUUAGGAAGUUGUAAUAUUUUUAUUUUACUAUAAAUUCGUGAUCUAAUCAAUAAUGAUGGUAGUUUUCUCUGAGGUUUGCAAUCUAUUUACUGAAGUAAAGUAACUGUGUUGAACGACGUAUAUAUCUUUAUCAAAAUAAAACAAAAUUUAACAACAAAGAGUGAACAGAUUAGUGCGUUACAACAGGACAUCAUUAAAACGUCGUCAGUAUAAGAAGUUGCUUUUAUAAGCGGGAGAAAACUUAAGUGAAUAUUUUAACUCAUAAAAAUUUCUGUUGCAUGUGUUUUCGACAAUUGGUAUUCGGUUUGAGACAAACAUAAAUUGUAUAAAAUAUGAUAAUUUAAAUAAUUCUAUGAUGCAAUCAAAUGUGUUAGGAAUGUUGUGAUGAAUUGUUUUUGUUUAUAACUUAUGUGCGCUGUUUUUAUAUUUUUUAUGAAAAAAAUUCGUUCAAUUGAAACUAACUUGUCGUAAGCAAAUGCAACAUUGUUAUGUUAAUAUUGUCAAAUCUGUUCAUGAGUGUACUUAGAUAAAGAUUUUUCACCCUGUUAUACAGAGUGUGGAAAAUAAAAAUUACAUUCUUUUUUGAAUAUUGUCAUAAUUUUGAUUUUUAACACUGGAUUUUUCUCAGUGCCACUGUGGGUAAAGUCUUAUAUUGUAGUCGUCUUGAUCAAAAAUAUAUAAAUUUAGUUUGCCAAUAACACAUAUAUUUUCUUUAAAUUUUACCACACAAAAAAAUUUCAAAUUAUCAACCUCAGGUUAAUCGAAAAUGGGUGAAAUUUUUAUAUACCCACACGAUAAAAAUGGACUUUACUUCAACCAGCCGGAUUUAAUUUUUCAAUAGAAUAAAUAAGAUGUUCCAAUAUAAUUAUCAUAUUAACUUUGUACAUUGUAUAACUAUUUUUUAUCUGCUAUUCACAGGCAAAUGGAAGAAGUAAAGUGAUGUUUUAAAAAUUUAUAAUAAUGUAGUAUAACAUAAAGAAGUAUAAAUAAUUAAUUGUUAGUCUGACAGCUUAGAUUAGUAAAAAUGCUGUAAAGAGCAAUGUUGCUUUUCUUAAAACAAAUUAUUUCAUGGGGUCGGGCACUUUCUGUUAGUUAAGCUAUUGAACAUUUAUAAUAAAAAAUUAAACUUGA